UUGCUUCGAGCAGAACUAAAAUGCCGCGAAACGUUGUUGGUUCUUAAACUUGAAGGAUGGCAGAGAGCAUUGACGGUCGCGAGGAGAGCGAAAGAGUCGCUUAGCAAAGUGCAGAAGGAAACUAAGAGCACAGAUUCCUUUAGGUUGACCAAGAGUUCCUACCUGUUCUCUUGGGGUGAAGUAUAUUACAGAGCAGGGAAUAUGUCAAAGUCACUGAGGAUUUUUCACAAGGCGCUGAAGAUAAUGGAAAAUGAACUUCACAGCCAUACAAGCACUUCAAGGUGCUUAAACGGCAUUGGAAACUGCCACAACAAGCUAGGACAGUAUGACGAGGCCAUAAAGUACUACAUGAGAGCAUACGAUAUGAGACAACAGCUCUCUGGCUCAGUGAAACAUUUUGACAUGCCCUUCUUCAAAGGACAGAUCGGGACGGUUUAUGAAGGAAAGAAACAAUUUGAAAAGGCAAUCGAAUACUACAAAGAAGCCUUAGAGCUCGCUAAGGAACUAAAAAUCCCAGGCAUGGUGAACACUGCCCAGUACAAUCGAAACAUUGCUAAUGCGUACUGUUGGUUGCAAAACUUUAAAGACGCCUACCAACCUGCAAAGAACGCUUUCGAGAUCCGGAAGGCCAUUUUGGGAAGGCACCCUGACACUGCUCGAAGUGCUUUCCAAAUGGCGCAGAUUUGUCGAUACUCGGAGGACUCUGACGCAGCGAAAGAGUUUUAUGAGGAAGCAUGGGAGAUUGAGAAGUCUCUGGGCCAAGGAAACCACAGCGAGGUCAUGGUCAGAAUCGUUGAGAGCUCCGAAGGGUUCUUUCUUGAAGGAAAGAGGAAAGAUCAGUUUCGACAAGAAGUAUUCGACUUUUUUCUACGCUACUGGGACGAAGAAAGAGCCUUCGAAGGGUUUGAAUUUUCUCUCGCCAACAAGAGAGUUAUUGAUUCAAUAAACGAAAGGUUUAGUGAAUUUGGCGACCGGCAAAGACAGGAGAGAUGCCAAAAAGAAGCUCUAUGGUUUUAUGAAGGCGCGUGGAAUUCACCCGACACGAGAAAGUUGCCAGACACCGCCAGAGAGGAAAUUCUGCAAACUCUUUGCGGUCUCUGUAAACAGCUUCGCGAGAAAAGUAAGGCCGAAAAGUACAAUAACGAAGCCUUUCGAUUUUAUGAAAAGAAGUGGAAAAGGGACAAGGAAGGGAUGUCAGAGCGCGACAGAAUCGACAUUCUUACCACUCUGGUAGACAUGGCUACAUCACAGAUGAAAGAGAAGAAGAAACAAAAGUAUGAGAGUUUGUUAAAGGAAGCCAAACAGAGCGGAACUUUGAUGGGAACUGUGAAAGGAUUCCUUUAUUUAAGAGCAAAAGAAGCUGAACAGGUGUCUAGUGAGGACGAUGACGAUGACGAUGAUAAUGAAGUUGACAUUCCUUACGAUGAUGAUGAUGAUGAUGAUCUGGAUAGUAGCAGUGGUAGCGAAGAGAUUCCAGAGGCCAGUGGGCAAGUGCAGAAGGCGGUAUUGAUGACAUUACGGAUUACAAUUCCAGCGAAAAAUUCUCUUUUCUGUAUAGUUGAUUUCAUUUUCAUUCAUGGUAUUGUGAUUACUUUCAGAGGAACACUCACUAGCGAGGACGUGCAUUGGAACAUCAAGCUAGGGGCUGUACAUCUAGCCUUCCCUCGUGAUGCUGUAUCUGAGCUCACCCUGAUAACGGUCCAUCGAUGGAAACCCACGGUCCUGUCCCCGCCUUUGCAGGAGCACGAGGCUCUCGUUAGCAACGUUAUUGAAAUUUCUUCGAACAGUCACGAAGCUUUCAAAUUUGAAGCUGAGGUUAAGAUGUCAUUCACUCACAGUUCUCCCGGCCUACACGGCUACGAGUUGGUGUUGUACAAACAGAUUGACAACGAGACCGGUACAUGGGAAGAAGUGACCGAUGUGGAAGACUUCAAAACUAUCUCAGAUUUUGAAGAAGAAUAUCAAUCUAGCCAAGAUAUUCCCAAUUUACACUUUCCUAUUGUGCAAGCGGAUAUAACAGAAUGUGCCACAUAUGCUGUUGUGAGUCGUCUCCAUCUUUCCCCUGAAUUCACGAUCACAUCAUAUGGUGGUUCCUUUUUCAUGCCUGAAUAUCCAAGUAUAGGUAUUACUAUCCCGAAAAAGGCUGUUACUUCGAAAACAAGGAUUCCUCUUCGAAUGAAGGUACAGAAUUUUCCUGCAAUAUUCUUGAAGCCUGUUACCAUAACGCUGCCAGUUUCGUUGGGAGACACGCACCAUGACUUUCCUGAUCUAACGGCAUGCCGGGUAAGAAUAUUGUUUCUGAGUUCUGAUGGUGAACAGAAGGAAUGGAAGGAAAUCACCGACGAUUUGAAGAACCCAGUGACGUUUGACGGCAUGACUGUUAAAUUUCAGGUGGAACGCUUCUCUGGGUAUUCGUGUCUUAUUGACUGGUGUGCAGAUAGCUUCAGUUAUCAAAGCGUUAUCGGAUAUCUAUCGAGCCUUAUUCGGAUCCAACCUCAGCUGGCAGUGUUCUUCGCCUACUUCCCUGUGGAAGACCGCCCUGAUUCUCAAGACAUCUUGUACCUAAUUUGCUGCCCAUCUCAACUUAAAGAAAAGGUGCGGGCUGAAAUUACGAAUCAAGCUAAUGCGCCUACUCCGAGCGAUUCAAGCUCCCGCAUCAAUAUGAUUCCUGGGCGUGAUAGGGCUUACGUCUCCCUCAUAGGAGGGAUCAGAGCGAUUGAGGAAGAUGACAUGGAUGAAUUUUAUCUCCAGUUUAUGAGUGAUGACCUCCAUAAAGCUCAAGUUCCAAUCCGUGUCAUUGAUGACAAAGGACUUUCAGGGGUGAAGUUUUUCAAAAUCUAUGAGGCUCUUGCAGGAUUGAAAAUCGAGACCCAAGAUGAGUGUUUUGAAGCCCUUGUCAAGGAAAUGAGCCGCUAUGAUACAUUCGAAUUUGUGGGGCAUCGACUUCAGGAAGGUAAAGAUGCUGUUUGCAAAUCAUUGAAGACAAAUUCGGACGUGAAGAAAAUUGUAUUAGAAAAAGCGGAGUAUCAUUGGAAAAACCUUGCAAGAGAGCUGGGGCUUGAAGAUGGAAUAAUUGAUGCGAUAUCUGUGGAACAGCAAGAUAAAUGUGGAGAAUGCUGUUAUCAAGUUCUACAAAGAUGGUACGAAGAGAAUGGCGAAUCAGCUACUAUCAGAAGAGCCAUGGUGGCACUGACUAGAAUAGGAUUAGCGGACAUCAACAACGACAUUGUAGAUUGUCUUAAUUUGAGACGUCAGGAUCAAAUGGAGUUAGACUCAUAGAACUGAUAAAAU